GAGAGGCAUACAAGCAGAGAGCCAGAUAACCCUGCGGAUACAGUAUGAAAAAAUCGUUUUUUUUUAUUAUUUAUUAUGGGAUCAUUAUAUAUAUAUAUAUAUAUAUUGAUAAGACUUUAACGAAUUAGAUUAGGAAUGGCUGAUGACGAUAUCCCUGAUUUGGUUGAAGAUUUGUCUUCAACAGAUAUAACUAAUUUAUCUAAAUAUACUCAAAUACCCACUUCCAAUCCAUCAUCAUUACUUAAUAAUGGCAAUCUAAAAGUGAAUGAUGACAAACAGCAACCAUCACCAUCACCAUCAUCAUCAAAUAAGAAGAUUCCAGUGUCAAUCAUAACAGGAUACCUUGGAUCUGGAAAAUCAACUUUGUUGGAUAGGAUCGGUAAAACCUCAAAUAAGAGAUUGGCUAUCAUCUUGAAUGAAUUUGGUGAUUCAUCUGUGAUUGAAAAAUCAGUGACGGUAAAAGAUUCUGAAAAAAAUGAAUCUAUAGAAGAAUGGUUGGAUCUUGGGAAUGGAUGUUUAUGUUGUACAGUCAAAGAUAAUGGAGUUAUGGCCAUUGAACAAUUAGUGGAGAAUUCAAAAGACAGAAUUGAUUAUAUAUUACUUGAAACCACUGGUGUGGCUGAUCCAUCCCCCAUAGCUAAAAUGUUUUGGUUAGAUGAAGGAUUAUCUUCAAAUAUAUAUAUUGAUAGUGUCAUCACCGUUGUUGAUGCUGAGAAUAUCAUUACAUGUUUGGAUGAUGUAGGUGGUCAUUGGCAUCGAGAACAUAAUCAUUUAAAAUCUCUUCAAGAUGCUAAAGAAGUAACCAUUGCUGAAAUUGAUGAUGAAAAUAAAAAGUUAAGUGAGGGUUUAACUACUGCUCAUAUACAAAUUGCUCUUGCUGAUACAGUUUUAAUUAAUAAAAUCGAUAAAUUAAAUGGAUCAACUGAGAAAUUAUCACAAAUAGAACAAAGAAUAAAAAGUAUAAAUCAAUCAGCUCCCAUUCAUACCACUAGUUUUGGAGAUAUAGAAUUAUCCAAAAUCUUAGAUCUCCAUGCAUUUGAUUUAAACUCAGAACGGUUAAGUGAAUCAAUCUAUCUUCAACAAGAAACUAGUUUCCAUGAUCAUAGAAUCACUACUAUAAGUCUUAAUUUCCCAUUCUUUGAACAUACGAAACAAUUUAAUCAAUUUGAAUCAUUCUUACAGUAUGUAUUAUGGGAAAGUAUAAUCAAUGAUAAAGAAGUUGAGAUUCAUAGAUUAAAAGGGUUAUUAAUCAAGAAACCAAAUCACGACAACGAUGAAGAUGUUGUGGUUAAAGUGGUACAAGCCGUCAGAGAUACUUAUGAUAUUGUGGAAGAUGGUAAAUUAUUAGAAGGAGUAACUGAGAAUAAGUUAGUUCUCAUUGGGAAAGAUCUCAAUUAUGAUGAUAUAAUGACUGAAUUGAAUAAAUUCGUAAAAUAUUAAACCAACAAAAUGUAUAAAGAAAUCAUGUAAUUAGUUAUAUAUAUAUAUAUAUAUAGAAAAGUGGCUGCUACCAUAUAUUAAAAUACAUAGAAAUAGUUAGCGCUUUAAACAUUUUUUGAGUG